AUGGCGGCUGCACGUCUCCAACUGCCGCGAUUCAAGGGAACCGCCUCAAUCCCCCUCCGCCUCUUCUCAACUUCCGCUGCGCUGAUAGAGUGUCCGUGGACUCGCUUCACAGAGGUUUCUGAUUCGUCCGACGGCGAAAGCACCGUCUACAAGGAGGCUCUCAAGCUCCAGCGGCCAUCCACCAUUAGAUAUGACGAGAGAUUGGUCAACUCAGUGAGCUUAAUUGGUCGAAUAUUUCGCCCUCUCCAAAAAUGUAAGUCCAAAAGCUUCGGCGUCUACACGACCCUUAGUGUUAGUGCGUCAACUGGCAACUUUAGUGUAUCGCUCAAUUUUCGGGAUGAAAUGGCGGAGAUGACGCUCCAGCAUCUGAAGCUUAAUGAUUUCGUGUACGUUUCCGGUUGUCUAGGAUCGUACAUGAAGGCUGAUGAGAAUGGGAAGUCAAUGAACCGGUAUCAGGUAGUUGUUAGAGAGGUAAAUUUUGUUAGUCAAGAUGGUCUGGGGCCAGCCUACAAGAACCUUAUAAAGUUGGGACCAAGUGUUCCAUACGAGGAAAUCUUGCAGAAGCGUAGAGAUCGUCUUCAUUUGUGGCAGAUAUUCUUCGCAAGCCCAUUCGAGUGGUGGGACAAUAGAAACUCCAAACUAAACCCGAAAUGCCCUGACUUUAAGCACAAGGAUACGGGUGAGGUUCUCUGGCUCACAGACAACGAUCCUCCUUGGGUCCGUAAACAACUCAAAUUGCAUGACUCGAGAUCAUACAGGCAAAGCCGCGAACACAGAAAUGCCAGGGCACAUCUUUCUCCUUUGGUUUAUGAGUGA